GGUUUACUUAUACGAGGGGGUUAAGAGCCUUAUUUCACCCCGAAUGGACUUUGGGGGAGUCUUACCUGUUGUUAACAAAGUGGGUUAACAAAGGGCAGGCUAAUCCUCCCAGCUAUCCAUGGACUGCGGACAUGGCCAAUGUAGUAGGGCUCAUUUUUCUCUCUCAACCUAGAUUCCAUCUCUGCUGACAUGGUAAAGUGUCAGCCCACGAGCCUUCGGUCCCGUUCCUCCGUUUUAUGGGCGCGGGAACUGCAGGAGAGGAAAACGGAAACUUCCACAUGAGCUUCUAUAGCGCGCCAAUGCGCGUAAUGCAGAAAGUCCUCUCCUUGAGAAUUUCUCGAGACGUUUGUACUCUCUCAGCUAUUACACCGAAAUCGUCCGAUCGAAGACCCACGUCGCAACAUACCUUGUCCUGGAACAGGGCAAUCGCUAGGCUAGUGCUAAACCACCAAAUGCAAAAAGCCCAAGACCUGUUCGAUGAAAUGACCGAGAAAGAUAUUGUUUCGUGGAACACCAUGCUUUCUGGAUAUAGCAAGGCCAGAAACCCGGAGCAGGUCUAUCAAUGUUAUCUGGAUUUGGAGAGAGCUGCUUUUAGACCCAAUGAGUACACUAUGUCGAUUGUGCUUCAUGGCAUUAUGGAGACAGCUUUCAAUGUCUUGGUCCAGCAAAUUCAUGCUCGUGCUAUCUGCCUCUCGCUUAAUGUGAGUGUAUUUGUUGGUUCUGCGUUGAUUCGAGGAUAUGCUAAUGUGGGGAAUCCGGGGGUUUUAGAUAGAGUGUUUGAUGAGAUAUUGGGGAGAGAUGUUACUUCUUGGAAUGCAUUGAUCUCUGGUUAUAUGGAAUUGGGGUGCACAGGUGAGGCACAAAGAGUGUUUGAUGAUAUGCCGGAGAGGAAUGUUGUUUCAUGGACUAGUUUAAUUAAUGGGUAUAUUGCUAGUAAGAGAAUCAGCAAGGCUCGUUCUAUGUUUAAUAAGAUGAGUGAAAGGAAUGUGGUUUCAUGGACAGUGAUGAUCAGUGGGUAUAAUCAAAAUGCCAUGUUUGUGGAAUCCUUGAAAUUAUUUCAGCUGAUGGUUAAGUCAGGUACUCAACCAAAUAACUUCACGUUUUCCAGUGUAUUAGAUGCUUGCGGAGGCUGUUCUUGUCUUCUCUUGGGCCAGCAAGUUCACGCAUACAUUUUGAAGUUUGGAAUUCCAGAUGAUGUGAUCUUGUCAACCUCUCUUCUGGACAUGUAUGCAAAAUGUGGGGAUAUUGAUACUGCAUUUUGUGUAUCCGAGUCCAUGCCCGAGAGGAAUUUAGUGUCAUGGAAUUCAAUAAUCGGAUGUUGUGCCAGGCAUGGACUUGGAGAAAGGGCAUUGAAGGAGUUUAAAAGAAUGAUAGCAGUAGGUGUCGAACCUGAUCGGGUUACAUUUGUUAACUUAUUAUCAGCAUGUGGGCAUGGAGGACUGGUUACAGAAGGUCAAGAACACUUCAACUCUAUGGAGACAAAGUAUGGCAUCCAAGCUGAACUCGAGCACUAUGCUUGUAUGGUGGAUCUUUACGGAAGGGCUGGUUUGCUGGAAAAAGCGCGGAAAUUAAUCAAGGGAAUGCCUUUUGAGCCUGAUGUGAUUGUUUGGGGUGCCCUGCUUGGAGCUUGCCGCUUGCAUUCGAGUUUUGAACUCGGGGAGUUUGCUGCGAAAGAAAUUUACAAACUGAAACAAGAUAACCCAGCAGCUUAUUCAGUUCUGUUGAAGAUUAAUGGAGAUAAGGGGGCAUGGAAUAGUGUGGCUGAAUUGAGGAAUUUAAUGAAGGAGAGGCAUGUUAAGAAGCAGAAGGCAGGUAGUUGGAUUGAAUCUAAGAUGGACCCAAUGUAAGUAGUAACCAAUGCUUCUGAGAUGCAAAAGGAAGAAGUGACAUGGAAGUGUGGAAAGAGUUGAGAUGGCUUUGGUGGGCAGAGAUUCAAGCAUCUAUGUUUCACCGGUACGAAGGAUCCAGUUCCAUGAAUAUAAAGGAGGCUUCUCCAUCCUGUAUCUAUCAUGAGGAUGCAUUCUGCUUGGCCUAAUUCUAUGCCAAGAGGUAAGGUCCCCUGCUUCUCGAGUUAAAGUUCAAUGAGUCUGUUGCACUUUUCCUCUGGCUGGCAGUGAGAAUCUUGUAUGUAUGCAUAGAUGGGGAGGGGGGCUCCAAUUCCCGGCCAAGAAUCCAAUGUGAGGAGAUUCAUUCCCUUUUCCUUAAAAAUAAAAACAAAUGUGGAUUUGCCGAUUAUACAUUACAGGAUAAAUGAGUACCUGAACUUGCUGCAAA